CAGCGCGCCACGCGCCGCGCCCCCUGUCAGAGGCAGCCAUUGUUCCGCCGGUCUCGCUGGCUUGGCGGAGACCGUGAUGGUCCUCCCUCCUCUCCAAGUCCCGGCCCUUACUUAAAGCUGGGAGAGGGGGCUUGUCGCCGGCUGUGAGCGCGCUGCGGUCCUCGCGUGCAGACCACCAUGAGCAAGCGGAAGGCGCCGCAGGAGACUCUGAACGGAGGCAUCACCGACAUGCUCACAGAACUCGCAAACUUUGAGAAGAACGUGAACCAGGCUAUACACAAGUACAACGCCUAUAGAAAAGCGGCAUCUGUGAUAGCAAAGUACCCACACAAAAUAAAGAGUGGAGCAGAAGCUAAGAAACUGCCUGGAGUAGGAACAAAAAUUGCUGAAAAGAUUGAUGAGUUUUUAGCUACUGGAAAAUUGCGUAAACUGGAAAAGAUUCGGCAGGAUGAUACAAGUUCAUCCAUCAAUUUCCUGACUCGAGUUAGUGGCAUUGGUCCAUCUGCUGCAAGGAAGUUUGUAGAUGAAGGAAUUAAAACAUUAGAAGAUCUCAGAAAACAUGAAGAUAAAUUGAACCAUCAUCAGCGAAUUGGGCUAAAAUAUUUUGAGGACUUUGAGAAAAGAAUUCCUCGUGAAGAAAUGUUACAAAUGCAAGAUAUUGUACUGAAUGAAGUUAAAAAAGUGGAUUCUGAAUACAUUGCUACAGUCUGUGGCAGUUUCAGAAGAGGUGCAGAGUCCAGUGGUGACAUGGAUGUUCUUCUGACCCAUCCAAGUUUUACCUCUGAGUCAGCCAAACAGCCAAAGCUGCUACAUCAUGUUGUGGAGCAGUUACAAAAGGUCCAUUUUAUUACAGAUACUCUGUCAAAAGGUGAAACAAAGUUCAUGGGUGUUUGCCAGCUUCCCAGUAAAAACAAUGAAAAGGAGUAUCCACACAGGAGAAUCGAUAUCAGGUUGAUACCCAAGGAUCAGUAUUACUGUGGCGUCCUCUAUUUCACUGGGAGUGAUAUUUUCAAUAAGAAUAUGAGAGCCCACGCCCUUGAAAAAGGCUUCACAAUCAAUGAAUACACAAUCCGUCCUGUGGGAGUCACUGGAGUUGCUGGAGAGCCGCUGCCCGUGGACAGCGAGAAGGACAUCUUUGACUACAUCCAGUGGAAAUACCGAGAACCCAAGGAUCGAAGCGAAUGAGGCCUAUGCACCCAGGCACAGCCCAAUAGGAGUCUUAAUUUAUUUCUUAACCUUUGCUAUGUAAGGGUCCAUGGUGUUUUUAAAUAACUAUUUCUUCUUCUUGCUGUAGCUUGCACGGUUAGUCAAUAAAGCCUCUUGUCCUAUUA